UCUUUGUACGUGCUCACUGAGUUGCUACUUAUCUGCAACACUGUGUUAGCUUAGAAAAAGUGGCGAACGGAAUUAAAUAAUUUUAAAGUGUUGGUGGUGAUUAUUUCUCUGAUUUUAUUUUGUUAUUUAUGUUAUAAUUUAGAACAUCUUAAAUUCGUCAAAACACCGAGAGAAUCGUGGUUUUCUAUUUAGUUCCCAAAACGAGAAAUUUAAGUUGUAAUAUUAAUACGGUGAAGUCAAAUUUGAAAUCAAGGAAAAUACUGGUGUCUGCAAGUGAGAUUGUUCAUAAAAUAUCAUGAGCUUUCACCUCAUGUAAAAUAAAAAUUCAGGUGAAAAAGCCACCAGGAGGAAAGUUACACUGAAACCAACACAAUGGCGACAGACACGGAAACAUCACCAGUCGAGGACACAACCUCACCAGUCGAGAACAAAACCACACCAGUCGAGGACAUAACCUCACCAGUCGAGGACAUAACCUCACCAGUCGAGGACACAACCUCACCAGUCGAGGACACAACCUCACCAGUCGAGGACACAACCUCACCAGUCGAGGACAUAACCUCACCAGUCGAGGACACAACCUCACCUAGCGACUUGGAAGCGAUGGAUAUUCGCAUAAAACAGGCAACGAACGCCAUUCUCGCCGCACAGAGAGAGGACGGCCACUGGUGCUACGAGUACGAAGCAGACGCCAUGUACCCAGCCGACUACAUCUUCAUGGUCCGCUUCCUGGGCGAGACACCCGACAUCGAACUCGAACAGAAGAUGGGGCGCUACCUGCGCGGCAUCCAACUCCCGGACGGCGGGUGGCCGCACUUCAAGAAAGGCCCAACCUCGGUCAACGCGAGUGUCCUCGCCUACUUGGCCCUCAAGAUGAUCGGCGACUCGCCGGACGCCGAACACAUGGUCCGGGCGCGGAAGGCCAUCCUGGCAGCGGGCGGCGCCGAAACCGCCAACGUAUUCGCUCGAAUACGACUCUGCUGGGUUGGCAUCCUCCCCUGGGAGGCCCUCCCUAUCCUGCCCGUCGAGAUGAUUCUCCUACCGAAGUGGUUCGUAUUCCACUUAUCGAAGGUGGCAUGCUGGGCUCGGACCAUCAUCAUACCAUUAUCGGUCCUCCAGGCCAAGCGAGCGCACCCACGGCAACCCCACGGUGUCCGCAUCGACGAGCUAUUCCACACUCCACCCGAGAAGGUCGGGCUGCUACCUCAGGCGCCACACCAGAAUACCCUUUGGUUUUCGUUAUUCCGCUCCGUGAACACCGUCUUGCACCAGAUCGAACCGCGGCUCUCGCCGAAAUUGCGUCAGCGUGCCAUCGACAAAGCGGUAGAGUGGGUCGAGGAACACGUGCGGCCAGGGGAAGGUCUCUUCGCCGCAUCGUUCAACUCUGUGAACGCUCUUCUCAUGUUCGACGCGCUCGGUUACCCGGCAACCCACCCACCCCGCGUCGCCUUGCGGAAUUUCAUCGAGUCGUUACUCUUCUUCCGCGAAGACGAGGCUUAUUUACAAAUCUGCGCGUCUCCGACAUGGGACACGGCGUUAGUUGCGCAUACUCUCUUAGAAACGCGUGACCUCCACGCUGAAAAGGCCGCGCUGCGUGGUCUGGAAUGGCUGCGCCGGCGGCAGAUCCUCGACGUUGCUGGCGAUUGGGCAGUCAAGAAGCCGAACCUCCUCCCGGGAGGCUGGCCGUUCCAGUACGGCAACAAAUCGUACCCCGACCUCGACGACACGGCGAUGGUUUUGAUGGCCAUGCACCGCGCGGACCCGGUAGCCUUCGCGGAGGCGAUACAACGCGGGCGUGACUGGGUGGUCGGCAUGCAGACCGCCAACGGAGGUUGGGCCUCUUUCGAGGUGGACAACACUGACCUCUGGCUGAAGCAAGUCCCGUUCUCGGAUCAAGGUUUCCUCAUCGAUCCGCCAACCGCAGACGUGACCGGGAGGUGCCUCUGCAUGCUCGGGCAAUCGGGCGAGCUACCGGAGACGAGUGAGGUGUCUCGUCGUGGGCUGGCGUUCGUCCUGAAGGAGCAAGAACCCGAUGGGAAAUGGUGGGGUCAGUGGGGGGUGAACUACACCCAUGGGACUUGGUUCGGGUUGAGUGCGUUGAACUCUAUGGGUGUCUCGCAUGAGGAUCCGCGGGUCAAGCGUGCGGUUGAGUGGCUCGUCUCGGUGCAGAAUGAGGAUGGUGGGUGGGGGGAGGAUCCGAUAAGCUACGAGCGAGAGUGCUAUGUGGGGGCGCCCAGCGGCCCGACCCAAACCGCGUGGGCGCUUCUGGGGCUUAUGGCAGGGGGCGCGGUCCACCAUCCUGCGGUGGGGCGUGGUGUUGAGUGGUUGCUCCGAACGCAGUGCGACCAUGGCGUCUGGGAGGAUGAUUCCUCGAACGAGUGUUGCGCCGCGAGACUUCCGUUCCUUAUCUUCCAUGGCUACCACCAGUACUUCCCCCUAUGGGCGCUGGCGCGGUAUCGGAACUUGAAGCGGGAUGGUGUAACCCGCGUGGCGCCAGGGAUAUGAGGACCUCCUUGAUUUGGUAUCCUGCCAUGCUAAGAAAAAACACCGUAUUAACCUUCAGGCGUUGCCAAAUCUCCUCUGAUAAAAUACGAUUUUAUUUGGGGGAAACUGUAAAUAUUUUUCUUUAAAUUUUUCAGACUAUUUUGUUCGCGCUUUGAUCUAAAAUAUGCGCAAAUUUCGAGGAAAUAUAUGCAUAAAUUUCGUCAAAUAUACAUGUUUUAUCCGGGCAAAUUUAUCAACUCUCGAAUGUACAUACGGCGUUCUUCCUUAGUACGUUAGUAUCGGUGAAAUUGUAUCUAUCAGCAAGGGAACCAAGCCGCACCAGCUAUUUCCAAAUUUUACUGGGUAAUUUAAUAUUUUACGAGAGAACGUUUGUGUGGAUUCUUUCGAAAAAUUUAGGGAAUUUGCUUCGUGCUAUGCAUGAAUCAUCGAAAUUUUCAGAAAAAUCCGCACAACCGUUUUCACGAAAAGAUGAUGUGGCUUGGUUCCUUUCUGCUAAACGUGGCCCAAUUGGAUCUGUUUCUGUUCGACGGGCCUAAGCCCAAAAACUCAUAAGCCUUAGCGUUCUGCGCAAUCAACCAAAGCCAGGGCUCAUGAGUUUCUGGACUGAAACCUGUCUAACAGAAACCGAUUUAACGAAUUUUAAAUUCUACCUGAAAAAUUUGAAAAAAACAAAUGAUGUAUAAUUAUAAUGGUAGCCUCAGUCGUUUAUAGAAAGCUACAUUCGAGUAAGUUGAUUAGAUUUUUUUAAUUUUCAAAGACUAUUAAGAGUGAACAGCAGUAUUUUGUAAAGAAAAAAGAUGGGCUAUUUUGCUAUGAAAAAUGUUCGUUGAAAUCUUUGCAGGUUUUGACUUUGAUUAUAUGUGAUAUUCUUUGUGUUUAUUUUAAACCAUACUCAUCUUUUUUGUAACGCAUCUUGAUAAUAGGCCGGCAGAUUACAGGGACCUAUACCAAAUUUUAAAGUGUCCAAUGUGUUUCAAUUCACAUCGAGUUUUUUAAAUUAUAUUAAAAUCUCAAAUACCGGUUUUUGAUUAAAUCAAAACGAUGCCUAUUUGUUUUUUUUUCUCUCCAUAUUUUUUAUAUGCAUAGAACAUUUCAAGGAGACCAGUAAUUGCGAGCACAGAACUUUUACUGGAAUGUUCCGACACCGCAAGAUGCCAAACGCAUAUUUUCACGCCAAAAUUGUCAAAAGUUUCCUCAGAAGUCAAGAGAUUUCGGAAAUAUCAACUAAACUGGACCAUUAUCAAUCAAUUCUAUAGUCUUACAAAAAUUUCCUGGUCUAAAUGGGAGGAAGGCAGGUAAUGCCCUCCCACUAGAAUUAAUCCAUACCUGUUGUUUCGCUUAUUUUCAGUUGCUAAAAUAGUUUUUGAUUUGCAUGAAAAAUUGACAAUAAUUCACAAUUUUAGUGGGAAAGUAUAUGCAAAAAACACCCUUCAGUGCUCAGCUGCUCGAAAAAAAAGGAUCAGAAUUUUGGAAAAUCGUAUUGAAUUCUAUAAGUACAUUAAACGAUAUUUAAUGUCGAAAAAUGCGUAUACCUCGGUGACAUUGUAAGUCUCCGUUAAUGUUUUAUUUUUUAAAGGGAAACUAAUAAACAGUCUCUAUUAAAAUUUUCUGCGAAUCCUCUCUCCUUAUUCUACAAAAUUGUACAAAAUUGCAACGAAACGUUUCGAUCGAUUUUCCUAGAAACAAUAAACCUUUAUCGAAAA